UCCUUCCUGCAAGAUGUAGUAAACAUGGGCAGUGCAUAUGCACAUCUUAUGCUGGUCAGGCUUUGCUGCACACACUUGACUGCAGGUUCAGUCUUAUGAAGAUCAUUUCAUUGCAGCCUUUCAACGUUAACUGGCUUCUCGGUGGGAUGACUAUUUUAGGACUGAUUACAGCUAUUGAAGACAUACUGCAAGCAUAACAUGCUGGAAUGUACUGGGAUCAUCUGCUCAGUGCAUGUCAACGUCCCGAGCAUCGGUUAUGGCUCAGUGGGUUGAACUGCAGCAGCUGGAUUCGAAGUACCUGGAGCAGGUGGACCAGCUGUACGAUGACACCUUCCCCAUGGCCAUCCGCCAGUACCUCAGCAACUGGAUCGAGAGCCACGACUGGGACCAUGUUGCUAAUGUGGAGAACGAGUCCUUGGCGACAGUGAGGUUCCACGACCUUUUAACCCAGCUGGACCACCAGCACAGCCGCUUCGCGAUGGAGAAAGACUUCCUGAACCAGCACAACAUCCGGAAAAUCAAGCGCAACCUGCAGAACCUCUUCCAGGAUAACCCUGUCUCCAUGGCGAUGAUCAUUAGCAAGAACCUCAACGAAGAGAGGAAAAUUUUGGCAGCUGCUCUGAUGUCAGAGAACACAACGCAGAGUGCUCAGGGUGACAUGAUGAUCGAGAAGCAAAGAGAGCUAGACAACAAGGUGAAGGACAUAAAGUCCAAAGUACAGGAAACGGAGCAGAACAUCAAGAAUCUGGAGGACCUGCAAGAUGAACAUGAUUUCAAAAGCAAGACACUGCAGAGUCGAGAGGAGCUGAACGGCACAGUAUCCAGAGAGGAGCUGAACCGUGAGAAACUCUGCCUGAAGGCCAUGUUCAUGAAGCUCAGCAACAUGAGAGCGGGAGUGGUGGGGCAAAUGUCAGAGUUGCUGAACCUGGUGGAACAGCUGGAGUACGAGCUGAUCACCGUGGAGCUGAGCGAGUGGAAGCGGCGCCAGCAGAUGGCAUGCAUUGGGGGCCUGACCAAUGUGUGCCUGGACCAGCUGCAGAACUGGUUUACGGCGGUGGGCGAGUGUCUGCUGCAGGUGCGGCAGCAGCUGAAGAAGCUGUUGGAGUUGGAGCAGAAGUUCACAUAUCCACAUGACCCCAUUGCCCUGAGCAGGGCCACAAUGGAGGAGAGGGCCCUCGCGCUCCUCAAGACUCUCAUCACCAACUCCAUGGUGAUAGAGAGGCAACCUUGCAUGCCUACACAGUUGCAAAGGCCUUUGGUGCUGAAGACUGGAGUCCUGUUUACUCUUAAAGUCAGGCUACUGGUGAAGCUUCAGGAGUUCAACCACAUGGUCAGAGUAAAGGUGCACUUUGAUAAGGAUGUCACGGAAAAGCGGAAGGGUUUCCGGAAGUUCAACAUCCUUGGAACAAACAUGAAGGUGAUGAACAUGGAGGAGUCCAUUGGGAUGGCUGCAGAAUUCCGACAUCUGCAACUAAAAGAGCAGAAGGUUGCUGGAAACAGAACAAGUGAGGGACCACUGAUUGUCACUGAGGAACUCCACUCCUUCACCUUUGAGGCAGAACUCUGCUGGUCUGGACUCGUCAUUAACUUUGAAACCACCUCUCUCCCCAUUGUGGUGAUCUCUAAUGUCUGCCAGCUUCCAUGUGGUUGGGCCUCCAUCAUGUGGUACAACAUGCUAACGUCCGAUCCCAAGAAUCUCUCGUUCUUUGUGAACCCUCCGACGGUCAGCUGGGGACAGCUCUCCGAGGUGCUGAGCUGGCAAUUUUCCUCCAUCACCAAGAGAGGCCUCAAUGUGGAGCAGCUGAGCAUGCUGGGACACAAACUCCUGGGCCCAAAAGCAGCAAAAGACCCAGAGGCUCAGAUUCACUGGAAUAAAUUCUGCAAGGGAGGCAGUGAGAAAAACUUUACCUUCUGGCUAUGGAUUGAGGGAGUCCUGGACCUAAUUAAGAGGCACCUGCAAAGCCUGUGGGAUGAUGGGUGUAUAAUGGGCUUUGUGACUAAGGAACGCACCAAGGUGUUGCUCAGUGAUAAAGCUCCUGGCACAUUCCUGCUGCGCUUCAGUGAGAGCAACCGCGACGGAGCCAUCACCUUCAGCUGGGUGGAACACACCUCAAACGAUGAGCCACAAGUGCGUUCAGUCGAGCCCUACACUAAGAAAGAGCUGUUCGCUGUCUCGCUGCCUCACAUCAUCCAAAACUACAAGGUAAUGGCAGCCGGCAAUGUUCCAGAGAACCCCCUGCGCUUCCUCUACCCAAACACUCCUAAGGAUGAGGCCUUUCGCAAGUACUACUCCAAACCUGCUGAGAAACAUGAGCCAAUGGAUGUAGAGAAGGAGGACUAUGAAGGUUACAUUCAAACGACUCUCAUCUCAAUCUCUGAAAUGAAAACGUCAGAGUACAACGACACCAUCAUGCCCCUGUCUCCAGAGGUGUACGGGGAGCUGGAACGCAUGACUCGAGACCUGACUGGAGAAAUGGGAGAGCUGUGUUGUAGCCUUCCCGAGACCUGUUGAAUAAACAGGCGGUAGAGCGGAUGUCCUGGCAUUUCUCCCGGAGGUCCUGCACGCCACCCGAGGUCCUGCGUCUCUUCUUCGUUUCCUUCCUUUGAAAAGACUUUCUGUACAAAUGCUGAGUGAGCUGCAGAACACGCAGGCUACUGGCAAACACCGCAGCAGCUGAAAUAACAGCCUGUACCUUGCAUACCUAGCACUUAACCCGAUAUUGUAAAACGUGUUUUUCAUAGUUGCCCUAUGAGGACAAUUUUAUUUGAGACAGGCCAGAAAGCAGUGAUUUUAAAUCAACAUGAUGCAUCAAGCAUGCAUUUUAUUCAUGCAAUCAACAAGUACCCUGUACCCAGCUAAGUAAAGAGCUGCACUGUAAAAGCAGCUUUGAAUAUAGCCAGUAGAGUAGGUACAGUAUGCGCAUACUAGUGUAAUAUGCAUUCCUUGCCUUUUACUUAAAGCACACAGUUUGUACGUGCAGACACACAUGCUGGCGUGAGUUCUGCUCUAGAGGGGUUGUGUCUGUCUCCCCUCUCUAUAGACUCGGUAAGUGCUAAAUGGGAAAUUUAUUCUGCUAAGAGUGAACGAGUGAGUGAGUUCGUACAAACAUAGAAGGUGCUUUUGUAUCUAAAAAUAGUAAAAGAAAAGCAGUCCAACAAAAAUGAAACGAUAAAUAAAACAGAAGACAGUCAUGUUUUUUAAGGUUCAGUAGAUGGUUUUUCAUCUUAGAAACAAACAUAACCCCGCCCUUGCAUCUAACCAGACAGGUUCGGUUCAGCUACGUGCUGACAUUCUAAGUGAAGAGGCAGACUUGGGUCACAUGACAGCAUGGUCUUUUAUUUGAUAUUCGAUCAGUGACACAAAUACUUGUAUCUUGUAACACAGUCUGAUAAUUGUGUAAAAGCAGUUUCGCUAAGGGGGGUAAGAAAUUGAAACAGGACCGUUCAUAAUACAUUAAAAGUACAGUGGGGACAGCCAGUGAGAUUAUGUGCCUAGGAUAAAAAGGAUACUACUACUUCACCAAGCAACAGCUAUCACUAAAAUAGUACUGGGACAUCUACAUCAAAAUAUAUAACUGUUCAUGUUAGUCAGUCUGCUAUUUAGUUUGCUUAGUUUUCUUUUUGCGCAAUGCAAUAAUGAGCUUUUGCUGCGCGUGCGCGCGCACACACACGUAGCAAACUAGGUGUUCACUAGCAAUAUAACAACCAUAGGCAAUCACUGGAAAUGUAAAAGUUCAACACAGAUAAGCUUAUUGUGCUUGCAGUCUAUGUCUGUGCUUCCAUAUACCUAACUCAGCAAAAAUAUAUAUAUCUUUUUUCUUUUUACAUUUUCAUUUGAAAAAGACAGGGAACAGGGCAAGGUGAAAGCCUUCAUUAUUAUUAGCCAAUUAUGGUUAUUAAUACAAAGAUUUCAAUAAAUAUCAAACAACAAAAAAUCCCAUUUCUAAUGCAUUUAAGCAGUACUGUGGAUGCAGCAGAGAGUCUGUCACUGGCCAAUAUCAGGAACCAGGCAGCUGCAUGCAUCCUGUCAGCUCUGCAUGGUUGAUGCACCGCAGGCCACGCUGGGCCACGGUCACAGAUUUGUAUUUGUAAAACUGAAUGAACCAAAUUUAAUGUUUCUUGAAGUUAAAGAUGCCAAGAUGAAUGUAAUAGGGGGAGGAAUAAAACAAGCAAAUUCUUGCUGUUCAUGAUUGUUGCCUUUUCUAAAGAAAAAAAAUCUUUUACUUCACAUUAUUUAGGCAUUGAGUUCAAAAUGAAUGGGGGGGAAAAAAUAAAAUUAAUGUGUUGUUUCACAUAACAAUAAAUAAAUAAUUGCUCUCAA